GGAACUAGAGAGUCUAUGGAAAAAUCAAGACUGAGAAGAAGAAAUCUUGUCGUGUUCAAGAGGGUCGGGUGUGUGACACUCUCACGUUAUAUUUGAAUCUAUAAAUGUAAAAGAAUGGAAGAUUCUCUACAUCCGUAUCCCAGAGAACAGACAGGGGAGAAUCUAAAUCAGGGUAUAGAAUGUGGAAAGAACUUCAGUCAGAGUAAACAUCUAUGGAGCCAUCAAAGGACUCACACAGGGGAGAAGCCACACAAAUGCAAGGAGUGUGGGAAGAGCUUCACACGAAGUGGAAAUCUGCGUGUCCAUCUAAGGACCCACACAGGGGAGAAGCCAUAUAAAUGCAUGGAAUGUGGAAAGAGCUUCAGUCAGAGUGGCCAUCUACGUUCCCAUCAAAGGACUCACACAGGAGAGAAGCCAUAUAAAUGCAUGGAAUGUGGAAAGAACUUUAGACGGAAUGAACAUCUGAUAUCCCAUGUCAGAAGUCACACAGGGAAGAAGCCAUAUGAAUGCAUGGAAUGUGGAAAGAACUUCAGUCGGAGUGAUUCCUUGCGUUCCCAUGAAAGGAUCCACACAGGGGAGAAGCCACAUAAAUGCAUAGAAUGUGGGAGGAGCUUUAGUCAGAGGGAUCAUCUGCUUCGCCAUCAUAGGACCCAUACCGGGGAGAAGCCACACAAAUGCAUUGAAUGUGGGAAGCACUUCACACAAAGUGCAUACCUGUGUGUCCAUCAUAGGACCCACACAGGGGAGAAACCACAUAAAUGCAUGGAAUGUGGAAAGAGCUUCUCUCGUGGUGGAACCCUGCUUCGCCAUCAUAGGACCCACACAGGGGAGAAGCCACACAAAUGCAUGGAAUGUGGAAAGAGCUUCAGUUUGAAUUCACAAAUGCUUCGCCAUCAAAGGACCCACACGGGAGAGAAACCUUAUAAAUGCAUAGAAUGUGGAAAGAGCUUCACACAAAGUGGAGAACUGCGUUCCCAUCAAAGAAUCCAUACAGGAGAGAAACCAUAUCAAUGCAUGGAGUGUGGAAAGAGCUUCAGAGAGGGCAAAAGGUUGCGUGCCCAUCUAAGGACCCACACAGGGGAGAAGCCAUAUAAAUGCAUAGAAUGUGGAAGGAGUUUCAGUCAGAGUGUUUAUCUACGUGGCCAUCUAAGGACCCACACAGGGGAGAAGCCACACAAAUGCAUGGAAUGUGGAAAGAGCUUCUCCCACCGUGGAACCCUGCGUUCCCAUAAAAGAAUCCAUACAGGAGAGAAGCCAUAUCAAUGCAUGAAAUGUGGAAAGAGCUUCAUUUGGAGUUCAGAAAUGCGUCACCAUAAAAGGACCCACAUGGGAGAAAAACCACAUAAAUGCAUGGAAUGUGGAAAGAGCUUCUCUCAGGGUGGAAACCUGCGUACCCAUCAAAGAAUCCAUACAGGAGAGAAGCCAUAUCAAUGCAUGGAAUGUGGAAAGAGCUUCAGUCAGGUCAGCACUCUGCGUUCCCAUCAAACGAUCCACACAGAGGAGAAGCCACAUAAAUGCAUAGAAUGUGGAGAAAGCUUCAGUAGGAGUGACAAUCUGCGUUCCCAUCAAAGGUCCCACACAGGGGAGAAGCCACAUAAAUGCAUGGAAUGUGGAAAAGGCUUCAGUCGGAGUGACAAACUACAUUCCCAUCUAAGGACCCACACAGGGGAGAAGCCAUAUAAAUGCAUGGAAUGUGGAGUAAGCUUCAGUCGGAGUGACAGACUGCGUUCCCAUCAAAGGACCCACAUAGGGGAGAAGCCACAUAAAUGCAUGGAAAGUGGAAAGAGUCAGAGUGAUCAUCUGCAUGUCCAUCUAAGGACCUACUAGUUCAUGUGUGACCUAGUUUGCUGGCCUGGGAUUCAUGUUACGUUGCAUUUGGGAAUAUUGGAGCAGUGCUGUUUUGGACUUUCUUUGAAUUGAUUUUUGAACUCUUGCUUUUCAUGGAAAUACCCCUUUGAACUUUAAUUCUUUUUUAAUGUGCUUGCUUUUUUAUAUACUCUGCUUUUAAUAAACUUUACUUUACUGGA